UGGAUUUCCAAGUUUUCCCAUCCUUGCAUCCUUUUGGUAUUCCCACCGUUCUCAGAUUUCGAGACAAGCUGGAUGGCUGGAGUUGCGCGGCCACCGUCGUCCGCAUCAUCGCCGCGGCUCGCGGAUGCCGUUCCGCCUGCUGCAUCAAUCAACCCAGUGCUCGUUACCCCACAGCCGUCGUCGUCGUCGUCGUCGUCGUCGUCGUCGUGGUGGUGGUGGCAGUGGCGGGCGCUUCUGGGUCGCGCUGGACUUGAGCUUCGGCCCGUCCUCAUUGCAGCCACCGUGGCGACGGUCACGAUCGCAGUCGUCCGGAUUGCCGCGCGACGACAACGAAGACAGCGGCAGCAACGCCAACGAGAACAGUCGCGGAGACGGCGGCGGCAGCGGCAGCGGCGUGGAGAGCUGAACGCCAUGGUUGGUGGCGACGGUCGUCAGCCAGCGGACCAAGAUCAUCAAGACCAAGAAGACGAAGAAGAAGAAGAAGAAGAGCAGGACGACGCUCAGGAAACUCAAGAACACCAAGGGGCGGCGUUUCAGGACGAGGACGACGAGUGGCGGGACGAUCAAGCUCGAGAUACUGAUACUGACAAUGAUUCCGAGCAAGAAGAAGAAGCCUUCGAUGACGACGACGACGAUGGGAUUGACCAGGAUCAUCAAGAAACCGACGAGCAAGAUUUGGAUACGAGUGCCGACACCGCCACAGCAGCGUUGGUGGGAGACGGAAACGACGCCGCUCGCGUUGUUGCAUCCGGUGCAGCAACCACUCUCACAACCAAUAAUGGCACGCGCGGAUUGCGCACAAAUGCAGGCAACCGGCUCGACGCAGCGACGGCGAAAAAUCUGGCAGAAAUUGCGCGAACGUUGCCUGUGAGUGCGUUGAUGCAGCUGUGGAAGUCGUCGCCCAACUUGCGCCUCCAGCGGCUGGCCCAGACAGUCUUCAUCAGCCGCUUUGCAGCGCCUUCCGAGAUGGAGAAGCUGCGUGCAGUGAUAUCACUGCCAGCAAUGACGCUUGCGCCUGAUUCUGACGCAACCUCCGCCACAGGCGACGAGUCUCCCCAGUUGACGAGCUUGCGAACACGUCUCACCUCCAAGGUGAAGGCCGUCACCACCAUUCUUGCUCUUGGAAAGAUCUCGCACAACCGCGCGACCAUGGUUCAGACUGGCUUCCUCGAGGCUCUUGUCACCUACCUCGACGCAACUCUCACCGAGGUGGAAAGUUUGCCGGAAAUUGCCAGUGCACCAACGUGGAUUUCAACCUUCCGCCGACUCAGAGACUUUGCAGAUCAGCGUGCCAAACAUGAUCAGCGCACUGAUGCGCUGGUAUCCGUCCUUCCGGGGCUCUCGUCCCAAUCACCGCCGCCAACCGGGCCGGACGCAGCCUCAUCGUCUGCAGAGCGAAAGCAGUUUAUUUGCUCUUCAUCCAUCGUCCGCGCUGGCAUGGUGUCUCUGUUUGACUGCAUGGUCAAUGAGCGCGAUGUGGAGGCAGCCGUGAAUGCUGGCUUGAUUCCAGCCUUGUACCGCAGCAUCACCCAGACGCGCGAGCGCGAGUCCAUUCUUUGGACGCUUGCCGUCACAAAGCGUGUGGCCGUCAUCGAAGUGUACUGCCCUCUUUUGCUGGAAAUGGGCAUGCUGGACCCUCUCAUUAGCAUAGCGCACCUCUGCGGAAAUUCGGCGUGUACGGGGAUUCAUCGACUGGCGCUCCAGCUGCUCGUCCGCACGCUGACGUCGUCCCCGGUCGGCAGCCACUAUGCUCAGCGGGCCGUCAGAUUUGGCAUUGUUGAUGUUGUGCUCCAGGCGCUCCGCAGCGACGAAAAGGAGGUGUAUGCCUCCGCUGCCGUGCUAAUGUAUCGCGUUGUGCAGGAAAACAACACGGAUUUCCUCUUCCGCCGGCAGUCCACCGUGCUUGCAAGCAAUCUGAUCAAGGUUCUCAGCAACACGGACAUUACCCUGCAGAAGAUUGUUCUUCAGGUUCUCAACCUUCUCUGCGCCAACGAUACCUCGUUCCAUUUGGCCUUAGUGAACGCGCACCUGCUCCCACGCCUCUCCAGCUGCCUGUCCUCGUCGGAUACGCAGUGCGUGUUUUGGGCAGUGUCCCUUUUGCGCAUUAUCGUGAGCUCACCGGAACCUGAGGGCAUCGCAGCCGUGCUUGCGCAAACGACCCCCGAUAUCGUCUCGCAGUUGGUCUUGCUGUCGGACACGCAAGAUCAGCCUUUGCGCAACAGUUUGAUUGUCAUUUUCAAUCGGUUCAUUUCGGAUCCUCGCUCGCACCCCACUCUGCUCAAGCGUGGCGUCCUUGUUGCCAUUUGGAAGUUUUCCUUCUCUCCCAGUCCGCAAGUGCACCAAUUCUGCGCCGACUCGCUCUUCCAUCUCGCUGAUCGAUCGACGCAUGCGAAGCGAGCGAUUCUGGACUCGACUGGUCUGACAAUCUUGUGUGCGCUGUGGCGCAAGUCGUUAAAGUUUCACACGCGGAAGGCCCUCGCUUUGACCUUUCUAGCCCUGAGCCAUGCUGGCGAAAUGAUGGUCACGACUGUGGCCUAUCGACACAUUUUUCUCGAGCUCGUGGGCCGCCUGGCAGUCAACAUGCAGGUGCUCGAACAAGGGCAGGAAGGCGGCAUCGCUGCUGGGGUCAAUCGUGGCACAACCAAGGGGUUUGAAAUGGCCGAGUUCGUUUCCACAAGAUUGCGUCGAUGGACGGACUUUCUUCUCGCAGAAAGUGAAAACUGUGACGUACGGCCAGAAGAGUGCUUGGGUGACUCGCGCGUCAUCAUGCCACGGCAGGAGCGAUCGCCUCGGGUACGCUCGCGGGCGAGUUCUUUGGCUCGUACGGGCACUGUCGCGUCAGAAUCACAUGGUAACCCGCGGGCUGCAUCAUCGGCGAAUGUGCCUGUGACUGAUGAUCAUUCCGAUGCUGCUGGUACGUUUUCGCAACCUGCCGCGUCCGAGCGUCCAACAGCCGCUGGCGCGAGUCUCCGACGCCGCGACUCCAUCCACGGACUCCGUGGCACAGCGCUGGAGGACAAUUCGUUGCAUGUGGCAAGCCAGCAGACCAACACCCGGACCGACGCCAGUCGCCACGCCCCACGCGCUACCACCACCGGCCCGUUGACGACAGAGGUGCCUGACGAGCAGGCCCACAUGGACGCCGCAUCGCAGCUGAGAUUCGCGUUUGUGAGGAUUUCUCAAAUUUGCACUGGCGAUGCUUCCAGCGCAAUUCCGGUUGUCUCGUCCUCAACGCUCGAGUCUGAGCGCAAAGCCGCACCCAUUCCAUUCAGCGUUGUAGAAGAGGCACAAGGGCAACUUGAAUCCGCGAUUGCCAUACUGGAUGAGCCUGUGUCUCCCAGUGUUGUUCUCAACGAAGAUCAGGUGGCCUGGACGCACCGCCUCUGGCUGGCGAAGCGCGUGGUGGAAGACUUGCACUUUCUUGCAGUCUUUGUCCGCUUGCAGCGCCUCAAGGUGGCAACGGCGUUCAACCACCCUCUCCUCAGCCACUUUACGAGCUUGAUUGAUGAGGCUGCCUUGCAUCUGCGCCGACUUGUCAAGUUCGCCUCCAUGUACGCGGUUUCUCGGGCUGGUGUUCAGCUUGAUGAACACGGCAAUACGAUCGACCUGGCUGCUGGCGAAUUUGUUCGUGCCGAGGGGCUCGUGCACGCUUACUAUGUCGCCUUCCUCGAGCGGUGGUACCAUCCGUUGUUGGGCGUCCUCAAGGUGCUCUUGACCCUUUCCAACGAACCUUUUGCCGUGAACAUGAUGAUUCCAAGCAUGACUGAUCCCUUGGUCAGCUUGCUGUUUCUCAUCGGCGAGUGCGAGCCCGUUCUUCGUGCGUGCGAACCACAUCUGGGCGUUUUUCACGAUGCCCUCAUGCAGCAAGCCGCUCGCAAAACGGAGCGCUCUACAACCCCGACGACAGCCGAUGACUCGACCGAGGCGCGUCCUCAGACACCGCAAGAACAAGCAAAGGAUGAUGAAAUGCAAGAGCGCCAUGAGCUCGAGUCCGAUGACGGGUCUGACGUGGCCGAAGAUGCCUGGCGCGUCAACGACGCGUACUCGGCGGGCACUAGCCAGAAUCUAGCUGACGACCAGGUGGUUUCGUACCUCGAGCACAUCUCGACGGCUGCAGUUUCCCGCUCCAGAGCGUCAGACGCUUCUGCUGCGAGCUAUGUUUUUCCAGCUUCUGCGCUCGACUCGAUGUACUCUUCCGAGCAGCUGCCAGCCACCACAACCAGCCGGAACGGAGCAGGAGGCCAGGCGCCAGCCCCGGCUGGCACUCAGACGACUACUACUACUACUUCUGCUGCUGCUGCUGCUGCUCAGCCAUCCCGACUCGUGAUCAGCUCUGUUCUGACAUUGCUGACAGACCUCAAGGCGUCGGCUGUCGUCGUUCUUGGCAACCUGCACUAUCGUCAGCUGGUCAAGUCUGAUGGUCGCUACCCUGUGGAUUUGACCUACAAACAGCCAGUUCCCAGUCCCAUUCCAAUGCCACCCCACCCACCGAACAUUGCGAAUGAUUCCUGGGCUGCGGAGGAUCCAGAAGACUUGCCUUUUUACUCGAGUGCAGCCAGCGUUGAAACACCGGACAGCACGACUGUCAGCGCAUGCACGCCCAGUCCAGCAGAGGGGAGUGCGAAUACCAGUCUAGCCUCCAGUGGAUCAGCAAGCGCAAGCGAGAGCACGGCUCCACCUGCCCUGGCCGACGCUCAAACAGUUUCAUCGGACGACUCGAUGGAAAUGCCAUCCCAACCGCUCGAGACUGCUCCAACAAGCGCAGUCCCAGACCAACAUUUCGACAGCAUGCCCGCGGCGUGGGAGUCGGAUGCUCCUCAACCAACCUCUCCCGUCGUCGCCGGAGAAUUCGAGUAUCUUCCUUUACGAUAUGAAGAACUAUACAUGUUUGACAUGUCCGAGGUUAAUCCCGAGUACGUGUCACCGUUGCCUCCGCCCAACAGCCAGGACAUUGCGUGGUUUCUCGACAACUCGCACGUGCGCACACUGUCGUUCGAAAUUCCCACGUUUUGGCGCCGAGACGGUGAUGCAGUGCGCCGCCACGUCUUGCGCUCGAGCUGUGACGUUACCUUGUGGCUGCUGGCGCUCGCAUCGCCCAAGCAUGGCAAGGAGCUCAAGCCGAGCGAGUUGGUGCUGGAUUUCCACAUUUCCCGCCUCCUCACGCUGUUGUGGAAGUCCCCGACGACAGGCCGUCAGCUGGGAUACAGCAGUAUCGAGCCAGCUGUCGAUGCCGAAGUACCAAACCGCCUGUAUCACUAUGUAUGGACGGGGCGUCACCGGUUUCAUGAGCUGGCCAUGAGUCUGCCAGACUAUGCUCGGAGCGCGGCCAUCUCCAUGGCGAGACUGACAACCGUUGCCCCGUGGCUGAGCGCCUACCCGGCCACUGCCCCGCGGCACGAGGACAGUCGCAAGAUUUCCUGGAAUGAGCUCUCCAUGAAGAAUUCUACGACCAUCCUGAUGAUGGCAGACGAUCAUGAAACGGUCUUGAACGAUUCCAUGGACUUUCACAGCGUUGGCGCGCACAAGCGAGCAUCAACCCUUCCGCGAAUCCGGUGGCAAGCGCAACAAGAGGGAGCGUCGCAGUCGGCCUCCUCUUCUCUGCCGUCGGACUCGGGCGAGCACGACUACUUUUACUUUGAAGUGGUGCUGCGCUCGCGAGGCGUCAUUCAAAUUGGCUUUUCUCAGGCGUCGUGUGUUAUUUUUGAUGCCACUCAAGGCAUGGGGGUUGGCGAUGACUUUCAAUCGUUUGCCUACGACGGAGCGCGCCGGUUUUUGUGGCAUGGUUCCAUGGAUUUCAAGGUUGUCAGCUGUCUGCUGGGUGUGAGCAACCGAACCAUUCGCUAUUGGCUCGAUGGCGUGGACAUUGGCGUCGCCUUUUCAAACGUCUCCAUUCGGCCCGACGACCUUUACCCGGCAGUGUCGCUGUGCAGUGGAGAGAGCUGCUCUGUCGUGUUCAAUCCGACGGAAAUGCGAUUCUUGCCAAACAAUGCCAGAUCUGCUCCUGUGGCUCUGGACCUCAGCUGGUGCCCUCCUAGUCUUGCAGGAAUCUCACGCGCCGCAAACUUUUGCGUUGCUCCUGGUCAACCGGUGCUGGUGUUUGAAUGGAGAAUUUUCAUGCUCGAAACCCACCAGCAGUUUUCGCGACUGGAGCGCGUGAUUCCGUUGACCGACAGUCAAGGCAACCCGAUCAUUGCGCCGCCUGCUCUAUCAGGGCAGGAUACCGUCGGGCUGAUUUACAUCGCUCGCGCCUCGCUCAUGCUGCUUUGCGUGAAUGGCGCAAUUCUCGCCGAAUAUCCCUGGUCGCCGAAACAGGGAUUCCGACCCUUGUGCCAUGGAUGCCGCAUCAAGCUCAACGUUGGCACCCGCCCCUUCCACCCCAUCCCCGCACUUGGACUUGAUGACGAGGCCAUUCGAACCGGGGUCAUCCGCUUUCUUCAGAGCGGAGCCCUUGCGGAGUUGUGAAUCCUGUAUUCUUGUACUUUCCAAACAACCUUGUUGACUCAUUCGUA